AUGAAAUCACAGGAAGUCCGGAGGAAAGAGCAGAAACCAGCGAAGAUAUCUGUGGACGAUGUCCUCAGGCAUGCAAGGGAGGUCUUCGGAGUUGUCAGGACUGACCAGACGCAUGUUGACGAGUUCGACUCGUACGACGACCGCAACUUCUUUCUUUCAAAGAUUUGUUUCGCCAACGAGCCUGACCAGUACGUGGACGUGGUGAUGAAGAUCCACAACGGAGUCGAGUCAGACAAUCUUCCUCUCGUCGUCGCACAAAACGACGUGCUAUCGUACCUCAGUCUGCAUGCUGUCGAUGUGCCGCUUCCGAUCAAGACCGCGGACAACACGUCCUGUGUCGGAUGUAUCAUCCUCCCCUGCAUCUCGGGAAGCGACUCACGUCAGCACGCGGUUCGUCUGCUCCAGUACAUUCCCGGGAGCAUCAUCGGCCAGCGGGAGGAGGAGUCGCCUGCCUUGCUUCAGGACAUAGGAAGGUACUUGGAAGCAGGGUGGCUGGCGUAUCGCUGCCCCGUCCUCGACUACGAGCAGCCGCUGAGCAGGAGGCGUCCAGGUUUGUGGGCAAGAUGGAUCAAGUCCUGCUUGCGAUGCCCAAAGUCCCUUCGUGAGCUGCUGCGUUCUUCUGCCCUCGUUGCUGAAGGAGCUGCCAGCGCGUUGAAGGAGCGUGAUCUCCUAUGGGACCUAAAGAACGUUCCCAGCUUGUCCAGCUUCAGUGAGUUCAUCAAGGACGAGGGCAGGAGAGCGCUGCAGAGGGAGGUGAUACGGAGGUUUGAGGAGAAGGUCUCGCCCAAGAUGGAGAGCCUGAGGAAGGCAGUGAUCCAGAACGACGCCAACGAGCAGAACAUCCUCAUCGACCAGGACCGCAGGAGAGUGCAGGGCAUCAUUGACUUUGGCGACUGUACAUACACAUGUCUGAUCUUCGAGCUGGCAAUCUGCAUGGCCUACUUGAUGUUGGGAAAGAAAGACAUCUUGACUACCGCCACUCAUAUUUACGCGGGAUACAACAAGGAAGUCUCCCUUACACAGGACGAGAAGGAAAUUCUUCACUGCCUCAUCUGCUCUCGUCUCGUCCAGUCCCUCACGCUAGGCGCUUAUUCUUUCUCCAAGGAUCCCACCAACGAGUACCUCCUCGUCACUGCUCAGACCGGGUGGGUAGCGCUCGAGGCCUUGAUGGCAAUCAGGGAGGACGACUUCUUGAAGAGGAUGGAGGAGGGAGUCUGA